AUGUGUCAAAUUAGGAAAAAUGAUCUAGUUGGCGUUUGGUUAACAAAUCGCUUUGAAUGGGUCAUUCUUCAGUAUGCCACAGCUCGUCUUGGUGCUCUUCUUGUCAGUAUAAAUCCGUUAUGGAAAUUGACUGAAUUGGAAGAUGCUCUUAAUGUUACUCCUGUUAAGUUGAUUAUAACAAUGAAAAGAAAUGAAGUAACAAAAACAAAUCAUGAACAGUUGUUGAGUAACGAAACUCGAAAAAUACAAAAAUCUCAAGUAUUGUAUUUAGAGGAUGGCUGGACUUAUUUAAGAGAUUCAGCUGCAAAUGUGACAGACACCGAGUUAUCCGAAAUCGAAAAUAGCCUGCAAUUUGACGACGCAAUUAACAUUAAGUUUACAUCGGGUACUGUGGGUAGAGUGAAAGCCGCUUUGCUUUCGCACCAUAAUAUUUUGAAUAAUGCUUAUUUUACUGCUGUUCGAUUAGGAUACACUGAACAAGAUCGUACUUGUGUACCAGUUUCGUUUUCUCAUUGUUUUGGAACUGUUUGCGGUAUUCAUUCGUCUUUAUCAAUGGGCGGUUGUCUCGUUAUACCAUCGGAAACAUUUGAGAUUGAAAAGGUAUUGACAGCAAUUGAACAUGAAAAAUGCACGUCUCUUCUAGGAGUUCCAACCAUGUUUAUGAGUAUAUUAAAUUCCUUAAAAAAUCGCGAAAACUAUGAUUUGAGUUCAUUGAGAACAGGUCAAAUUGGCGGAGCAUUUUGUCCUCGGGAAACAAUGGAACUAGUAUUAACUCAAAUGAAUAUCAAACAAAUGACAAUUGGUUAUGGUAUGACAGAGAACUCCGGUUGCAUUGCUCAGACAUUCGUUGAUGAUAGUUUAGAAAGAUAUCUUUCAACUGUUGGAAAAGCGCUUGAUCAUACUGAAAUAAAGAUAGUCAAUCAGAAUACAAAUGAAGUAGUUAAACGAGGUGAAAUAGGUGAAUUGUGCACUCGUGGUUAUCAUGUCAUGCUUGGUUAUUACGAGAAUGAAACGGCAACCAAACAAAUUCUUGAACCGAACUCAAAAUGGUUGCGUACCGGUGACUUGGCUGUCAUGGAUGAACAUGAUUACAUUCAAGUUGUUGGCCGUAUUAAAGACUUGAUUAUACGAGGUGGACAAAAUAUCUAUCCAAAAGAAAUCGAAGAGUAUUUAACUGAACAUCCAGCUGUGAACGAAGUACACGUUAUUGGCAUACCCAGUGAAAAAUACGGCGAAGAAUUAAUGGCUUGGGUUAAAUUGAACUCGGACAGUCGCACGGAACCAGUCGGUGAAAUAGAUCUCAUUGAAUUUUGUCUCGAUCAGAUAUCCUCUUAUAAAAUACCGACACACUGGAAAUUUGUAGAAGAAUUUCCUAGAACUGCUACUGGAAAAGUUCGUAAAGCUGAAAUGAGACAAAUAUCCAUUAAAGAACUAAUUAAUCGAAAAUAA